UUCCCAUUCAUAACUCUUAAUUAAUAUAUAAAAAUAAAAAUUUUAGAAUAAAAUCCGAACGGGAGAAUCAAGAAAAAAUCAAAUUUUUUAAUAAUCCUGUGUAAUAGUGUUAGAAAGAGGAGGAAAUAAAGGUAUUCGUGUUGUAGGUACUACGACGAUUUGUACGAUUAACUUCAAUAGUGUGUAUUAUUCAAGUACGAAAGGGCAAAUCGUAUGGCACAUUCGAGAGUAAAGUAGACAGGAGGAGGCGAUCUUAGAGAGCAGGGGCUGAAUGAAACGAAGCAUAUAGAAGAGGAAGGGGAAGAGGAGAUGGUGAUAGUAGUGAUGGUGAUGGUGGUGGUGAUAAUGGUGGUGGUGGUGAUACUAGUGGUAGUAGUGGUGGUGAUGGAGGAGGAGGAGAAGGAGGAGCAGAAGGAGGAGGAGGAAGAGGAGGAGAGAAGGAGAGAGGGUGUACACGCGCGAGAGUAAGAGGCGAGAGACACAACGAUGUUAUACCUGGGACGCCUGGUGUUGGCGAACACCUGCUCCACAUUGGUAUCCCCCUGAUGCCUUUGUCCAGCCAACGGAUAUAAUACACGCGUACCUCGUCGAAGAGACGCCAGUAAGUCUUGGAGAGUCCAGGAAUACAGACAGAAUUCUACGUGCUUUACUACUUAUUUUUUAUUAGUUAUCACGAGUUCCAUCGUAGUCCGUGACAUACACAUAGAUAUUUCAUUCAAUGUAAUGACCUUAAUGACGUAAUUGAUAACAACAAUAGUGAUUUCGAGCAUUCAACGUUUAUAUAUUUAUAUAUAAAUCUUUUUCGCGGUAAACAUUAUUAACUACGCGAUGUUGACCUUGUGUUUAUUAACGAUUAUUGCUAUAUUGAAAACGAUCAACGGUGUUGCAACAGUCCCUUUAAAUAACGAAAAUCUUGCGAGCACAGUGAAAUUAUUGCAAGAACAAGUUAACGCACUUCUUUAUCAUCGUCAAGAGGAUUACAAUGCCUUAGAAGAGAGUUUGAAACAUGCCAUAGAGAAAAAUACGGAAUUGGUUGUACUAAGAAAGGAAGUCGACUUAUUGAGAAAAGAAGUAAAUGAGCUAAGAGGCGGAAGUGGCAACGAGGCGAAAAACGAGCGUUUGAGGGUGAGAUGGUUAGGUAGUGCAGUAACCGAGUUGCAGAGCGAAGUCGCCGAAGUUCUAAGAACAAGAAAUGCCAGUGAGGAAUUAGCAGAAAGAUCAAGGAUGCGAAGCGAGCUAUCCCUUUUGAAGGGUGACGUUGCCGAGGUAGGAAGAGGCAUUCGUAAUCUUGGUGGUCGCAUUGCCAAGUUCGAAGCUGCCCUGGGGACAAUUCGCAUCGACAUCACAGCUAUGAAGGAACGUGCCAGCAAGCUGUCCCGCACCUGCGCCGAUGUCGCCAGUCAGAUCGGUACUAUGCAGAUCGAAUUGAAAUCAUUGAAAUGCGACACACCAAACGAGCACAGAUCCCAUCGGUUUUCCGUUCAUCGACACGAGGACAAGUUACGCAAAGACAAUGAAAUCAAAAAUGAAGUGCUGCACGAAAAUAGGAAAAGGCAUAGCUAUUCGAGACCUUUGGUACAUCGUAUAGAGGAACGUCUCAUAAAUCUAGAACAUAAAAUUUCUUUAGUAUCGAGGAAACGUGGUAUGAUAGAGAAGAGAGUGGUAUAUGAAAAUCAGGAUUACUUGAAUAGUCGUGUAGCUAAUUUGGAGACCGCUCAGGAACAAUUAUCUCUACUUUUGAAAAAUAUGAGUAAAGAAUUGUCCUCGACCAGUAAACUUAGCGAAACGAUGGUUGAAUUGUUUGAAACUGUACAGACAUUGGAGGACAAGGUCGAUGGUAAUGGAUCGGAUACUAAAAGAGAAAUCGCAAGAUUGGAUAUUAACGCCGCGAGAAAAGCAGCUGAAUUGUCGUUGACUAGAGAAGAAUUAUCGAAUCUUCGAAGAGCUGUUCAGGCGCUCAGUGUGAGUGCCUCUAAGCUCCAAGAAAGAAGCGAUAGACAUCAAAUGUCUAUUGAUUCACUCAACGAUACCCUUAAUCAUCUUGACUUAUCGUCGUCUAUAGAAAAAGCAAGCAACAUAACUCACGAGCUUGAGCAGGUGGAAGAUCAGUAUCGCUUGAUCGUCGAUGCCUUACCAGGUAAUUGCGACGAAAGAGAUGGCCUUACUCUCCUUGCACCUGGUCCAGGUGCACCGUUACUAGCCUCGUGUCAUAAGGGAUGGAUCGUUAUCUCAAGACGCAUCGACGGUAUGAUCGAAUUCGAUCGUACCUGGAACGAUUAUGCAGCGGGUUUUGGUUCACCGGUUAAUGAAUUUUGGAUAGGCAAUGAAGCUCUUCAUAGACUUACCCGAGACAAUUGCAGCAGGUUGAAAAUCGAUCUGAUGGAUAUAUAUGGUACACAUUGGCACGCAGAAUAUGAAUACUUCAAUGUUGAUACCGAAGAAUCCGGUUAUAAGCUCCGUGUUUCCGGUUAUUCCGGAAAUGCAACCGACGCAUUGUCCUAUCAGAACAAUAUGGCCUUCAGUGCUAAGGACAGAGACAUGGAUAUUAGUUCCACCGAUUGCGCGGCUAAUUAUCACGGUGGCUGGUGGUUCAGCCAUUGUCAGCAUGCUAAUUUAAAUGGUAAAUACUCGUUAGGGCUUACUUGGUUUAAAUCUAACACGAAUGAAUGGAUGGCUAUCGCUUCCUCAGAAAUGGCGAUACAAAGAAAACAGAACUGCCGAUAAUUUUCUUGGAUUCAUUUUCUACCUUUAAUCGAUUUUGCUAUUAAGGGCCAACUAAUUAUGAUAUUAGCAGCCUUUCUUUCAUUUUUUUUCGCAAAAUUGAAUGUCAGAAUUCAAUAGGCGACAACGUUAAUAUUAUUUUCACGUACUUGCAAAAACUUGAAAUAUUUAUUUAUUUUAUGUAAUUUGCAAGACAUUCAAUUCUUCGCUAUUCUAAUACCAAAGAAUUGUAUUAAGUCCAUUGUAAAUAAAUUUAUUGUAUAGCUGAAUGCAUGCGAUGCCAGACGAUAUAAUCGAACUUAAUACAAAGUUACAAACAGGAUCAGAGUGAAAGUAAAUAUAUAUAUAUGUAAUAUAUAUAAAUGUAUAUAUAUAUAAGUAUUUUUAAUUUAAAUAAAUUGAAUACAUUUUAGAUAUUUGAUAAAUUAGACAAAGAACAACCUUGGAAGACACAUAUUAACUAUAAAAUUCAGGUACUUAGGAAAUUAUGUAAUAUUUAAAACUUUUUCAAGUUUCAUUUGAGUUCUUCCUUCCUCAUAGAUACAGUAUUAUCACGAGUAAGUCUAAAUUUGCAUUUUUUCUCAUGUACAAAAAGAGUACCAGAAUUAGCAUAAGCUGAUCCGCAUAUUUUGCAGACAAAUGGUUUCUCUCCUGUAUGAGUAAAAGUAUGUUCCUUUAAGUAUCUUUUUCUUCUGAAAGAUUUACCACAUACCUCGCAAGGAUAAUUAGCUUCUCCCGUAUGAAGUCUUAAAUGAUACUUGAAUCCAUUAGGAGAUGCAUAUGCUGCACUGCAAAUAUGGCAUACAAAAUCUUUAUUGCCGUUAUGUGUUUUUUCGUGUCUCUUUUUGUAACUGAGUAUAAUAAAAGUUUUAUUGCAAAAUUCACAAGCA